GAACUACUAGUGACAUCUGGCGAGCAGCGGUGGCCGUUGAAGCGCGGUUGAACGUCUGGUUCCUGUGCGGGUUUUCUAUCAGUUUGACGAUGAUAAGUGCGUCUAUCACUUAAUUAGGGCCCUGAACACUGGAUACGCUUGUCGUCGGUAACGCGGAAAGCAGAAAACAACUCGCCCGCUUCGUUCAACACAGCAAUGGCAGACUAUGAUUCAACGCCGUCGCCUGUAUCGGAGGAGGAUUUCGAAGAGCUCAAGAAACGACUAAAGAUGAUAUUUGAUGCAGACCCGGAUCAGUAUCACAAUGACUACUCCAUAAAAAGGUUCCUGAGAGCCUUUCGCACCGUCGACGCCGCGUUCCAGGCAAUUCUCAAGUGCAACAAGUGGCGUACUGAAUAUGGCGUCAAGUCUAUCAGUGCCAAUGACCCGGAUAUCAAAAGAAACAUUGAAACAAAGAAGGCCAUGGUUCUCCCCAAUCGGGACUUCUAUGGCAGGCCCGUCAUAUAUAUCCCUGCCCGCAAGCAUAAUGUACAAGAGCGGGAGAUAGACGAACUGACUCGAUUCAUCGUGUACGUUUUGGAGGAGGCGUGCAAGAAGUGCUUCGAGGAAGUGGUAGAUAACCUGUGCAUCAUCUUCGAUCUUAAGGAUUUUGGCCUUAACAGCAUGGACUAUCCGCUUAUCAAAAACCUCAUCUGGCUGCUCAGCAAGCACUACCCUGAGCGGCUGGGCAUCUGUCUCAUUCUCAACUCGCCUGCAAUUUUCUCUGGGUGCUGGAGUGUCAUCCGUGGUUGGCUUAACGAGGUCACAGCGAAAAAGGUGGUGUUCAUAGGCAGUCAGGAAGACUUGGUGAAGUACGUCCAUCCAGACAUACUGCCCAACCUCUAACGGAGGAGCGCUUCCCUAGAGAAAGCCAUUAGGGAUCACAACACAGCCGUCAGCCACAUCAUCCACAACCCAGUCUCCCUCCACAAGCACCUGUGGCCACGGGUCGGGGCCAGAGGAUGGCAGCAGCAAGACAAUGUGCGGAACCCCCACGUGGAUUCCAGUCUUUUUGCUUUCGGUCACUUGAACUUAGCUAUCGAGCCACAUCAACAAGUUAAGCAUGUGACACUUCGUCGGCAGCUUCAUAUAAUGAGUCACUUACAAUGAACUGUUUUUUAUUUGUACACGAAUACUACGUGUUUGUUGGCGACUGCAGUACAAUUAUUGUUAUGCUGGAAGAGAUGUUAUAUAUGAUUUUAUUGUGAAACAAGCCGUUGUGACAAGUUGUGAAUGAGAAUGCUUGCACCAUGUUCAAAGGCUUGGCUUGCCGCAGUUGCUUUGUGCAAGCCAUUUAACGUUGCAAAUGUAUACAUCUGGAGAGAGUUUUUGCUUCAGAACUGUUUGAGUAGUAAUAUCUGCUUGUUGCGACUUGCAGCUGUUUCAAUUAAGGCAUGUUAUGCUUGCUGCAUUGUGGUCCCUCCCAGCACAAGUGAAGCUUGGAAUUGAUAGUAUCUGCACUCAGCUGUGUGGUUGGAUGAAAAAAUUGUCUUGCAUGCCUGCAGUGAUUUGUUAAGCACACAGGAAACAUAUUUAUAUAAUAGUUCAAAUACCAAUAUAUGUUACAUUUCUUUUACGUUUCAAAUUCUUGCAUACAAUUGGAAAAAGUGCUUCUGGAAAAGCUGUACUGCAAGCUAGUUUACGGGUGGCGAUUCCCAGUAGUUGUUGCACAUUUGUUUAUGGAGCAUGUAAAUCUUAUCAGCAGAACUUAUCGUUUAAUGUCGGUAUGGAUGUUGCAGAGAAAGGGCAUGCCUUGGUGCAUGAUCACAGUAAAACAAAAGGAAUUGGCAUUAAGAAGCAACUGCAAAGUAUGGGCUCGGUGUUCUUGGUGCUGUUUUGUUUUUAGUUUUCUGAAUGAGUCAGUGUUCAUUUGAUGUUUGUUUAAGCUUUCAGAGCUUAAGUCACACCCUCUGUGACUCAGUCAUUAUAUUAAGUUUUUGUGCAUGUUGUUAUCGAAAGGAUGGCAGCAGCCCUGUCAACUGAGGCAAGCUACAACAGACAACCAUGGGAUGUGGACUUCCUACAUGUGCACACAAAUAGGCUUGCAGAUUUGUUCGUGCAAGUCUGCAUCAAUGCAUGAAGUGGACGAUGGAACGUGUUGAUGCCACAGUUUUCCUCAUUGGCAUUCUGGGAUAUCUUGGUUGAAUACGUUGAUUGGAAGAGCCAAUAUAUUAGGUAGCUAUUCACACAGAAUUAAAAAAGCAAUUAUGAGCCAAUUUGAGCAUAUCCUUGCAGCAUUUAGAAGAGCGUUGGAGGGCCCCUUAAGAUGCAUCUAUUCAUUACUUGCUCGCAACCUACUUCUAAAGGGAACCUUGCAAAGUGUGCAUGCAAUGCUGCAACAUGGCUAUUUGUAUGUUUAUUUUUGGUAAGCAGCUUCCCAUGCAUCUAUAAUUUCUUAAGGAGCUUCUUCUCUGAUCAAACUACUGUGCAUUCUUGUGGGAAUGACAGUGGAAGAAGUUGCCCCACCUACUUGUGAAGUGGCAGGCUUUCACUUGUUACACUCUUCACUUAAUGUUUACUUCUUAUAUGUGCUUUACUCGCUUGAUUUGUGGCAUAGAUUGCUGCUCUUAAAAAUGCUUCGUUAUUGUGGUCUGAGAUCAAGCAUUAUGUGGUCCAAGUAGGCAGCCAACCCUUAUCUAAAGUGUCUGGGCGGCAUUUGCCACUUCGCAGUUCUGUUGUGUGUGCUUUUGAGCAUGGUGCAAUUGCUGUGCCACGGCCGCUCGAUAAAAAAAAAAAAAGUGCAGCCUGCCGCGUGCAUCAAAAACGGUGUCAUCCGCCACCACACCAUCAGCCGAAGACAUACACAAAAGAAAAGCAUUAAAAAAAAAGCCGUAGAUCGGCAUAGUAAAUGCGUCAGAAACGCACUUGGAAUGCUGUCGCGCGUGGAAGCUGACGCGUCCCAACUCCGACAGCUAGCACCGUUCAUCCUAGCCAAGUGGCCGAGAAUUCAACUACGGCUGAGAUAUUCUGUCCCAUUGCAGUCCGCCUGACGCGGCAGGCCGCACCUUUUUAUAUCCAGCAGCCGUGGCUGUGCUAAUUAUUAGUUCUACCAUGGCUUCAUGAAAAGCAGAUCCUGUGUGCUCUGGAGCUUGUAAAUGCAGUAAUCCUCAAUGCAUGACUUCAAAAGCAGUGGCAAAGAAGCUGCCACUUCUAAUGUGAAGCAGUUGUUGGUAAGCAAGAACCAACAGUGGCAGGCUGGCUGUGCAGCACCCCCCUUCCCCAUAGAAUUUUGUACUAAGUCGCAUGUUGAUUCGCGGCUUCUGCUGUUUAAGGAGCCUGAUGGAACAGGCUGAGGCAUUGUUUUUCAAGUUCAUAAAGUGGAGCCAUGGUAAAAAGGAACAAGUGGUUGUGGAAACGGAAAUUUGCUGUCGGUUUUGUAGGAUGCCGUAUUCAAUGCCAGUAAUUUGAUGAUAGUUCAACAAGUACAAUGACGUUUAUUUAGGCACAUUUUACAGCACACACAAGAGUCUUUUGAAAGUAUCUACUGGUUCGCAGCACUUGAUCACUUUUAGUUGCGCUCCUGCAGGAUCACGCAACACGCAUCAAUGGGCUAUGUGGAGUUGCUUCCUUGGAUGAGGCACUUGGCAAAGCUGACAGCAAAGUCAUGUGUAGUAGAAAAGAUUUGUAUAUAAUUCAGAUAAGCAGUUUUAGAGGAGAGACUUUUUACUGCUCCCCUCCAAACUGCACAAAACUCAGUGUUGAUCGUGUUGCUGGACUGUAUUAACUACUUAGUACACUCAGUGGUGCAAGACCUUGUUUUUGUUCGUUAAUUUUUAAAUUGUGACAUAGGUGCAAUCUUCACAAGUGAGCCAGGGGCACUACUAGCUUAUUUACAAAUGCAAAUAGGAGUUCCAUUAUAUUGCAGCCGGCCUUCUUUAGUGUACAUAAGAAAAAAAAAAUACAAUCCUGAGAAAUAAAGCUAGAAUUUGGCAUCCUGAAUUCCUCAUGCACUCUGUCGAAUUAUUUACUUCUUGAUGUCAAUAAAACGCCAUGU